AUGGUGUCGGGCUGCAAGAUCGGCCCAUCCAUCCUCAACAGCGACCUGGCCAACCUGGGGUUCGAGUGCCUGCGCAUGCUGGACUUGGGGGCCGACUACCUGCACCUGGAUGUAAUGGAUGGGCAUUUUGUUCCCAACAUCACUUUUAGUCACCCUGUGGUUGAAAGCCUCCAAAAGCAGCUAGGCCAGGACGCUUUCUUUGAUAUGCACAUGAUGGUAUCUAGGCCAGAAAAGUGGGUAAAACCAAUGGCUGUGGCAGGUGCCAAUCAAUAUACCUUUCAUCUUGAGGCAACUGAGAACCCAGCGGCUUUGAUUAAAGACAUUCGGGAAAAUGUGAUGAUGGUAGGCCUUGCCAUCAAACUAGCAACUACAGUUGAUUAUUUGACCCCAUGGGUUAAUCAAAUAGAUAUGGCCUUGGUAAUGACUGUAGAACCUGGGUUUGUAAGGCAGAAAUUCAUGGAAGAUAAGAUGCCCAAAAUUCACUGGUUGGGGACCCAGUUUCCAGCUUUGAAUAUAGAGGUCGAUGGUGGAGUAGGUCCUGACACUAUUCAGAAGUGUGCAGAGGCAAGAGCUAACAUGAUUGUGUCUGGCAGUGCCAUUAUGAGGAGCGAUGACCCCAGCUUACUAAGAAACGUUUGCUCAGAAGCGGCUCAGAACUGUUCUCUUGAACGAUGAAGCCACAAGGAACCCAGUUUCUGUUCAUGAAACCCUUUUUACUGGAAAAGAGGAGAGCUGACUACAAAAUCACAUUGCAGUCGAAGCAGUGCUCCAAUCCAGUGAUUAAAACCAAUUGUUCAGGAUGUUCAAGAGGUUUCUCCUCAGAAAGGAAAUUCAACCAGUAGAAUUACGUUAGCAGAGAAGAGUAGAGGGCCGUGAGCUCUCAGCUGUGACCGCUUUGCUCCUUAAAGACAGCUGUGAACAUUCUCCUUCGAGAUCUGCUCCCAGUUACCUUCUCUGUCACCGUCAUAUGGAAACCUCAUAGUGGUUCCAGUUGGGACCACUGGGAUACAGUAGUAGAACUCUACAGACAAAUUGAGCUUCUCCUCCAAUGACACAGGACAGCUGAUUACAAGUUCCUUCUCACAGCUUUUGUCAACUAACUACUGAUGGGUUUGCAAAGAUACCUCCAGGAUUUACAUGACUCCGGCUCUGGUGCUGUGACAUUAUAUACUUUUUAGAAUGUACAGAUUUUAAGCCAGGCACAGUGGUACAUCUUAUAAUUCCAUGAGAAGUUGCUUCGGGAGGAUUUCAAUGACUUCAAGGCCAGCCUGGGUUGCAACACAAAUGCCUCAUAUGCCAAUUCUGCAUUUCAAAAAACUAAUACACACAGUAGUCCCUGGGAGAAAACUUUUUCCAUAAUAGCUAAGUUAAUUCUUCAGUGGUUUGACAGUUGGACUAGGUGAUAUGUUCAUUAUUAUUGAACUUGAAACUACAUGAAUUUUAAUAGACAAUCAAAAGACCUGUAGACCCCCCUGACUAAAAAAGUGAGUCAAACUAAAUAAAAUGACAAACAUGAAA